GUAGGUAUACCCGUCCCCGACUUUCUCGGUCUUCCUCGACUCGACUCGAUUCGUGUCCGUGCACCGACCUCUACCGCCUCCUCGCUCCCAGCCAUGGCCGGCGGCGAUGGUGACCGCGCCCGUGCGCCGAAGCGGUACAAGUCCUCGGCGCCAUCGAAGGCGGCCCUGGUGGACGAGACCGCCGAGAUGAACUACGCCGACGACUUCGACGACGAUGCCCGCGACGGAGAUAACGAGGUGAAGAAGAGGGACUUCACCAAGCUGGAGCUCAAGCCGGAUCACGUGAACCGGCCGCUGUGGGCGUGCGCAGACGGCCGCAUCUUCCUCGAGACCUUCUCCCCUCUCUACAAGCAGGCCUACGAUUUCCUCAUCGCCAUCGCCGAACCUGUAUGCAGGCCAGAAUCUAUGCAUGAAUACAAUCUAACGCCACACUCAUUGUAUGCCGCGGUCUCAGUUGGACUUGAGACAACCACUAUCAUUAGUGUCUUGAGUAAGCUCUCCAAGACUAAGUUACCUCAUGAGAUAAUUGAUUUCAUCCAUGGGUCAACUGCGAAUUAUGGCAAAGUAAAGCUUGUUCUGAAGAAGAAUCAAUAUUUUGUGGAGUCGCCGUUCCCUGAGGUUGUAUCAUUCUUCCUGCAACUAAAUAAUUUGGAUUACUCUGUCACUCGUUAUUUACUUAUUUAUUUGAGCUGUGAUGCUUGUGUCCAGGUUUUGAAGACCCUCCUGAACGAUGACGUAAUUUCGAAAGCACGAAAAGCUCCCGAGGACUGUCUAGGAGCAUCUUCAUUUGCUGUUAGCAAAACAGCUGGGGAAAUAGCUAGUGGACAUGAUUUGUUAGAUGGAAUAGAGCUGGCAGCUGCAACUGAAGACAAGGAAACACAUUCUUUCGAAAUUGAUUCCAAUCAGGUUGAGAACGUAAAGCAACGGUGCUUACCAAAUGCACUGAACUUUCCCAUGCUAGAGGAGUAUGAUUUUAGAAAUGACACAGUAAACCCAGAUUUGGAUAUGGAAUUAAAACCUCAAGCACGGCCAAGGCCGUAUCAAGAAAAGAGCCUCAGUAAGAUGUUUGGGAAUGGUAGAGCAAGGUCAGGCAUUAUUGUGCUACCUUGUGGUGCGGGAAAAUCCUUGGUCGGUGUAUCUGCAGCAUGUCGUAUUAAGAAGAGCUGUCUAUGCUUGGCCACAAAUGCUGUGUCUGUUGAUCAAUGGGCAUUCCAGUUCAAGCUUUGGUCAACUAUAAGAGACGAACAUAUCAGUAGAUUUACAUCAGAUAACAAAGAGAAAUUUCGAGGGAUGGCUGGUGUUGUUGUGACUACCUAUAACAUGGUGGCAUUUGGGGGCAAACGAUCCGAAGACUCAGAGAAGAUUAUUGAGGAAAUCCGGAACAGGGAGUGGGGUUUGCUCCUUAUGGAUGAGGUUCACGUUGUCCCUGCUCAUAUGUUCAGAAAGGUCAUCAGCAUUACGAAGUCUCACUGCAAGCUUGGUCUUACUGCUACGCUCGUGAGAGAGGAUGAACGUAUCACAGAUCUAAAUUUUCUAAUUGGACCAAAGCUUUAUGAAGCAAAUUGGUUGGAUUUAGUGAAAGGUGGAUUUAUUGCAAACGUGCAAUGUGCAGAAGUAUGGUGUCCCAUGACCAAAGAGUUCUUUGCUGAGUAUUUGAAAAAGGAAAAUUCAAAAAAGAAGCAGGUACUCUAUGUGAUGAAUCCAAACAAGUUCAGGGCUUGUGAGUUUCUAAUUCGAUUCCAUGAGCAACAACGCGGGGAUAAGAUCAUUGUAUUUGCUGAUAAUUUAUUUGCACUAACUGCAUACGCAAUGAAGCUCCGUAAACCAAUGAUUUAUGGUGCCACAAGCCAUGCGGAGAGGACACGAAUUUUGUACCAAUUCAAGAACAGUCCAGAAGUCAACACUGUUUUCCUCUCUAAGGUGGGUGAUAACUCCAUUGAUAUCCCAGAGGCAAAUGUCAUCAUUCAAAUAUCAUCUCAUGCUGGUUCCCGGCGUCAAGAAGCUCAACGGUUGGGACGUAUUCUCAGGGCAAAGGGUAAGCAUCAAGAUAGGAUGGCAGGUGGAAAAGAAGAAUACAAUGCCUUUUUCUAUUCUCUUGUAUCAACUGACACACAGGAAAUGUAUUAUUCAACAAAAAGGCAACAAUUCCUUAUCGAUCAGGGAUAUAGUUUCAAGGUCAUCACUAGCUUGCCGCCACCUGAAGAAGGACCUAACCUGAGUUUUCACACGCUCGAUGAACAGCUUGACCUUUUAGGCAAAGUGUUGAGCGCAGGGGAUGACAUGAUUGGUGUUGAGCACUUGGAAGAGGAUUCUGAUGGCAAGGCUCUCCUGAAGGCUCGGCGCUCUGCUGGAUUGAUGAGCGCAUUUUCUGGAGCGGGUGGAAUGGUCUACAUGGAGUACAACACUGGAAAGGGCAAGGGAGCCAAGAAGAAGGACCCGGCUAAGAGGCAUACACUGUUUAAGAAACGCUAUACAUAGAGUUCUGCUGCAUGUCAUUUGCAACGAAGCCAGGAACCUAUAGGGUGUGAUUUGCUUUGCUGGGACAUGGUAUGGUUCAAGGGGCCCUUUUCAUUGGACAUAAAGCGCGUGAUCCACAAGUCCUCGUCGUUAGUGAGUACUACCAGGAAGGGAGCAAUUUUGGUCUCUGCUGCUUCGUUAUGAUCAUCUCCAGUUUCUUAACAGAAGGGUCAAUUUUGGAGCUUAUGAGAAGGAGAACGAGGACAUUUAUCUUUCAUGGAAAUGUAAAUAUUUGUGCAAGUGCCUGUAUAACCAAAAUCCACAUUGCGAAGCAUGUGAUGAACAUAUUGUUUCAUUGUAUACAAUUGUGACUCACGCUUGCUCUACCAGUUAAACAAUCGGGAAAAGUACCAAUGCUUCCUCCA